UGCCUUCGGGAAAAGCAUGUAGGAGUGUCCAAAACGGAGGGCAACUGUUGCAAAGCUUGUGUUCCGUUGCUCUCUUUCUUGCGUUGCAACUCUCGCGGGCUGAUCCGGUUGGGGUGCGCAGAGCAGAGCAGAGCAGAGCAGUGGGAAGUGGAGGUAGCAGUAGCAGCCGCCGCCGCAGCCGCCGCCUCUUCUGGACGAAAGUCGUAUCCUUCUCAUCAUGAUCGUGGCCGCAGCGGCGGACCGGAACAAGGAGCCCAUCCUGCGGGUGCUGAGGAACUACGUGAGCUCCAGCCAGCCGCAUUUCCAGGUGCUGGAAGUGGCUUCUGGCUCCGGGCAGCAUGCGGCCCAUUUCGCCCAAGCGCUGCCCAACGUGGUGUGGCAGCCCUCGGAUGUUGAACCGAAAUCCAUGGAGAGCAUCUCUGCCUUUACCAGGGCGCUCCGCCUCCCGAAUGUCAAACCGCCCAUUUACCUGGAUUCAUCCCAGAGCUGGGAGACGUGGGGUGGCUUGCUCCCAAACUCCCUGGAUCUCAUAGUCAACAUCAACAUGAUUCAUAUCUCGGAAAUGAGAUGCACCGAGGGCUUGUUCAAAGGAGCAGGAAAGCUGCUAAAACCCAAAGCGGUGAUGAUCACAUACGGGCCCUACGCCGUGAAUGGCUACAUCACCCCUCAGAGCAACGUGGACUUCGAUUGCAAGUUGAGGGAGAGAAAUCCUGCCUGGGGCCUCCGCGACACAACUCUACUGCAGCAACUCGCUGAGGCCAGUGGGAUGCAGUUGGAGAAGAUGGUCGACAUGCCGGCAAACAACAAGUGCCUUAUUUUCCGCAAGCAGUAAACCAGCCCACCGCCUUUCUGAGCAAAGGAGACCCCCAAAGAACAGCCUCUUCCAGCCAAAGCGUCGCCCCUGCCGUAACAUAAUUUGUUCAGCGUCCUCUGUCGUCCUCAGCUUGGCUUCUUGUUGCUUCCUCGGUCCUUGGGAGAAUUAAACUCCAGGCGUGUUUGGAUGACACCCCCCUUAGAAGAUUCGCACCUGGACAAGAGAAUUUUCACGAGGAGCAGAACUUCACUAAGGGUUCUGGCAAGGGUGGGGACAGCCCUUCCAGGCGUAGGUUUGGGAUACAUUGCGCCACUGCGAUGCGGUUGACACAGCUUCCUUGGUCCUGACAUCCUGCCUGCUUAGAGAUGCAAAACCUGAGUAGGGGGCACCUGCAUUGCCCCCACCCCCAACAUCUAUACCUGCCCCCUGGUGCCAGCCCCACCUGCUCUGAUCCUGCUUAUGCCACGUUGAGCAGCUGUGGGCAGCUUUGUCGCAUUUUCGCUUGUAGGGGAAUAGAUCCCUCUGCUUGAUUGGGCACCCUGAUAGAGCAGGACCAGGGAUAACGUUACCAGCAUGUGCGGCCCUAUAUCCCCUCCAUGGGUUUAGAUUCCUUGUUCAGCCUUAAUGCCUGACCAGGGUCUUUGUUUCUCAGGCGUCAUUAUAGCUGUAGCUUUGCUCCAUGGCCUGUUGAAAAGGGCCCCAGUGUUUAUUCACCCUGUACUGUGACUUGGAAGUGAGGGUGGGUGGGUAUCCGGGGAUGCUUAGCUCACAGUUUACACUCCUUCCCUAAAUAACGGAAGGUUUUGAUGCACAUCUAGAUGGAGAGAUGGAUUUGAUAGUUGGCAGUCCUUGUCCCGUCCUUUAUAGCUCUCCUCUUGGGAGAGACUGUUUCUCCUCCUGGCGCCAAAUUCUGCUGUCUCCCUUCUCCUCCCGCAGUCCUAAAAGCAAACUUUGCUACUGUACUGUGCCAACGGCCGGUCCGCUAUAGGGCUUCAAGCUCCUAGCAUCUUGUGCCUUCUGCUAUAUUCAUAUCAUCAGGCAGCUUAGCAAGGAGAGCAAGAGAGCGAGAAAAACCCAGUCGAUCUUUUGGAGAGACGGAAGAUAGAACGUCCCCCUGUCGUGACUAGUCUUCACACCAUGGGCAUUGCUGACAAUACAGUGCCCAUCAUAUUCAGAUAAACCACAUGGUACUGAGUUCCUGGGAUUGUAGAUGUGAGAUGGAUUGAGCAUUUCAUUAACCCCUCAUUAAAAUCUCCUUGCCUGUAGAAAACUAGCAUGUUGGGAAGAGGCUAUUGAUCUAAUCAAACCUCCCCAGCCUGCCAUUUCUGUUAGACUACCACUCCCAUCAUCCCCAGCCUCUCAUGGGCAAGAUCAUGAGAUCUCCCCAUCUGCAGACUGAGCUGCUGAAAACUGUACCCUGAGAGUUAUCUGCAUUGGGCACAUCAAAACUCUCUCUGGUCCUGUGGAAAUCCCUCUGCUGCCCUAAAGCAGGCUUCUCCUACCUGGUGCCCUCCAAAUAACAAUGGCCAGACUGGCUAAGGAUGAUGGAAGCUGUAGUCCAACGCAUUUGGAGGGUACUAGAUUGGGGAAGGCUGGUUUAGCAUGUUACAGUUGGGUCAGAGCCAUCAGUAACGUUGAAGACAAAUUUUUUAAAAACCAUUUAGCUUGUUUUUCCUGUGCCGUGUUUUGAGUGUUCUUCAAGAGAUGUAGCAAAACAGGUUCCCAACUGUGGGAUGAAAAAACUUGAAUAUGUCUUAAUUCUGUAUGUGCAGUAAUGGUGCCCUCUAGUGGUGAUCUGUAGAAUAGCACUGAUUUCUAGACUGGGUUGGAAGACGUGGGAUGAAUAAAAAAGGAUCUUGGCCAAGGAGUCCAGGUGGAGGUAAGCCUUGCAUAGGACUAUGCUGCAUUUGGGUGCAAAUAAAUAUAAUCUUCAGGCAA